GGAGUCAUCGGAUGCAGCAGGAACACAAUGGGGCGUGGGUGCUGUCGAUUAGACAGGUGUCAGUCGGAAACUAGAAGAGAAAAAACAACUACCUGCAUCGCUAAGCAGAUAUCUCGAGUCAUACUCCAAAAUUAUAACUAUGCUUCUUCCGAUAGGGAAUUCGGUGAUUUAGGACUCGUACUUGUAGUGACUUUUGUAUGUAUUAUGUGUUAUUGUAAUUCGUUGGGGGGUGAGUUUGUGCACGAUGAUAUUGUAGCUAUAACGACAAAUCCAGACGUUUUGGGACAUUCGUCAAUCUGGCAAUUAUUCCUCAACGAUUUUUGGGGUAAACCUAUGGCUGAUCCCAACAGUCACAAAUCAUAUCGUCCUCUCACAAUUUUGACUUUCAGGUUAAACAUGAUUCUUUCUGGUCCCUCAUCAACAAGUUUUCAUGUUUUAAACCUCGUUCUACAUGCCUGCGUGGUCAUUUUAUUAAUUAUGUUAUGUCGAAACGUUCUAGAAUGGGAUCGACAUAGAUCGUUCACAGUAGCCUUAUUAUUUGCUACACAUCCUAUUCAUACGGAAGCUGUAUCCAGCAUCGUUGGAAGAGCAGAACUCUUAUCCGCCAUUUUAUUUUUCGCAUCCUUUCUAUCUUUCUGCAAAUCAAACGAAGAUAACGAAUCAUCUCUAUGGUUUAUAUUUAGUAUGGCAUGUGCAAUGUUGGCCCUUCUAGCCAAAGAACAAGGCAUAACCGUCCUCCCUCUGUGUGCUGGAUAUCAUUGGAUGUGCAAAUAUCACAGAAAAAAAUUUGAUACGAAAGAAAAUGCAAAUCGAUUUUGUAAACAAGACUUGAAGUUAUUAAUUAUCUGUACAGUGUUUGUGUGUCUGAUCGCCUUUCGUUUCUGGAUAAUGAACGGAGCGAUGCCGUCUUUCUCGGAACAAGACAAUCCAGCUUCUUUUUCGCCUUUCCUUUCUACAAGAUUAUUAACACACGCCUACUUGGCUGCCUUCAACGUAUGGUUACUUUUGGCACCCAUAACUCUUUCUUACGACUGGCAAAUGGAUAGUAUACCUUUGGUGGAAAGUUUCUGGGAUCCGCGUAACAUACCUACUGCAUUCCUGUAUCUAAUGGUGUUUGCUUUGACUAUUCGAGUCCUUCUAGUACCCAAGAAUGGAGAAAAUAAAAUUUUAUACAUAGGAUUGGGGAUUAUCAUCUUUACUUACAUACCAGCAUCCAAUCUCUUUUUUACAGUGGGAUUUGUAGUAGCAGAGAGAAUAUUAUACCUACCAAGUGCAGGAUUUUGCCUUCUAAUAACUUGUGGUCUUUAUAAAUUAAAGCAAGAAUUACCGAAGUAUUUCUGUUUAUGGAGAUAUCUGACUUUUAUAUUAAUUAUCGUAUUCUUCGUCCGAACAGUCAGAAGAAAUCAAGAUUGGAUUUCUAGAGAAGCUUUAUUUACAUCCGGAAUUCACACAGUACCGAAUAAUGCCAAGGUUCAUUAUAACUAUGCAAAUUUACAGAAAGAUCAAGGAAAUACCGAUUUGGCUAUCCGCCAUUACAAAAUAGCAAUCAGUUUACGGCCCGAUCACGCCAGUGCACACAAUAACUUGGCCACCCUACUGACCAAUGAAAGCCAAGCGGAACGACAUUACAGAUCGGCCCUGUCCAUUAAUCCAACACAUUCUAAAGCUCUUUAUAAUCUGGCAACACUUUAUAGAAAAAAUGGAAGACUUCGUGAUGCUGGCAUGUUAUUACAAGAUGUAGUACAGUUAGAAGAAGAUUUUACAGAAGCUUAUUCCUCUUUGGCUCGAGUUAAAGAAGAAUUGAACGAAGUCGAAGAUGCAGAAAAACUUCAUUUGAAGCUAUUAGCAAUUCAACCAAACAACGCCGAUUUUCUGAAUAACUACGGUGCAUUCCUACAGAAUAGAGGCCGAAUAGAAGAUGCUGUAGAACAGUACUUGAAAGCCGUCCGAAAGAAUGCUAACCAUACAGUGGCAUUGGUCAACGCCGCCAGGACCCUCAAAUCUCUCAAGCACACAAAUGAGGCAGAGAAUUUAUAUAAGAGGUAAAAAGAAAAUGUUUUUUUAUUUUUUUAUGUGUAUGUGUGUAUAUGUGUUUGCACGGGUCAAAGAAUAGGAUAUCGGAGAAAGUUGUAUUUCUUGUUUUUCGUACUGCUGUCAUUGAGGUGUAAAGAGAAAGUUCCAGGGAUCAUCCCACCCUCCACUGAAAUGCUAUCUUGCUACGAUGCUAGAAAGACGGACGACACAAGACUGCAGUCUUUCUGCACCGUUGCCUUUAAUAUAUU